UGAGGAGUGGAUCUGCGUCUGUCAGCCGGAGAGAGCAGUUCAGACGGUCUGUUGUCCAUUUAUCUUCAUUUUAAAGACACCGAGGGGGAAUGAACAGAAAGAUAAACACCUCAGCACAUCGCCUCGCUUGACUUCAGCGGUCACAGUCUGGUUUUAAGCAGAAUAUUUCCCUGUCAGUGUUUCUGAAUGGAGCAGCAGCAGAAGGGUUUGUUUAGCUUCAGCAAAUCUGCAGCCUGCGGUUCUGGAGGCUCCACCGGUCAGACCUCCAUCCGUCUGUCCGUCACAUCGACCACCGGCAGCCCGGUGGAGCUCACUGUCCCCCGGGGAGAGACUGUGGAGGGUCUGAGGACACGGAUCUCCCACAGACUCAGACUGCAAACACACAGGAUCGCACUCCUACAUAAAGACAGGCACCUGACUGCAGGGAAACUGUUGGAUCUGGGUGUAACAGAUGGCAGCAGGCUGACCCUGGUCCCAGUCAUUGAGGCUGGUUUAAUGUGCUCGACUGCCAGAGCUGAGAGGACAAUGAUGGACGUGUUGGAAAGCUUAACUGAAGCCCAGAUCAAUGACUUCUUGUCUGGCCGCUCGCCUCUGACCAUCAGCCUUGGAAUCGGUGCCCACAUGAUGUACGUGCAGCUCCAGCUAUCUGCUCAGGAUGUGAAGAAACUGCAGCAGAACAUGGACUCAAAGGCUCAGAGCAGCAGCGAGGCUCGAACCGGCCUGCAGACGCCCUGCAAUGUGAACCACCCUGGCUCUGCCUCCACCGACACCACAGGAUCCACUACCUCAUCUGCUGCACAAACCCCAUCUACAGCCCCGGACUCUUCUGACUCUACAGCCCAAUUUAGCCCUCAGAGACAAAGAACUUCCUUUCACCCAGCAGCAUCCGCCACCCACUCAUCCACUUACGUCCAUAGUCCCUUAUCUCAGCUUCAUUCCCAGACUGCACACACAUCUCCACAUGCUCCUUCAACCCCUUCUUUGCCCUCUGGUUGUCCACAUCCCAGCUCUCCACGAGAAGCAACAGCACCAGUUUGUUUAACUGGUCCCAGUGGCUCCAGUCCAGGACCCCCGAGCCCAGUACCAGCCUCAACCUUCACAGAGAGAAACAUUAAUGCUUCAUCCAGAGCAGAGAUGUUGAAAGAACCAGGAGCAGUCAUAGAAAGCUUUGUGAAUCACUCUCCAGGCGUUUUCUCUGGGACUUUUUCUGGCACCCUUCCUCCAUGCAGUCAAAGCGGCAUCAGUCAUCCUCGGCGCGGCAUCGCCAUCAUCCUCCAGAUCCUCAACGACCUCCUCAGAGCCGCCUACCACCACCAGGGGGCUCCAGCUGCUCUUCCUCUACACCCACGUCCUGCUUCAAACCCACCGGUCAGCCCACUGCCCACAGCAGAGGAGCAGAGCAGGACCAGAAUCAGACCACCAGUAACCCCGAGGACAGAACACCUCCCUAAAGCUCCAGGUGAUGACAUUUCACUGUUGCACUCAUCCACAGAGGAAAAUCAAACAAUGCACUGUAAGCUCGAGCACCUCCAGCUUUUGAUGCAUCAGAGACGUCUCCGCAGACGAACUCGCAGGAGUUCACACGUCUCACAGACCUCUCACCCGUAUCAGCACCGUCACUAUCAUCCCUAAUCUCCCAGACAGAAAAGAUCCACUCACUGUGAUAGCGCCGGCCGCUCUCUGACGGACGAGGCCGGCUUCGCUAAUGACCACAAAAUAAGUCUCAUAAAAACCACAGCUGACCUCUGAUCUUGUGAUGCUGGUGAAUCAUCUAUGGAGCCACAAAAGAGGGACCGGCUUUGAUAGUAUUUUUUACAGCGUGGGCAUUUCAGAAAAACAUAAGGCCAAAGGGUGUGAGGAGUGAGAUCCCUGCGGCUGACUGUAUAUUUCUCAUGAUAUUUAACCUGAGUCAUGUUCUUCAGCGAGGACAACUCUUAUUGUUGCAGUAUGUAGCAUAUGUCACAAAAAAGCUCUAAUGUAUAUUUUUAUCAUAUACAUUUCAGUGUUUUGUCAAAAAACUCUUUCUGUAUGUUAUUUCUAUGUAUUCCAAAGCCUUAACUGUACAUGUCUUGAAUGUAAUCAUUGUGUUUUGUCGUUUUACUUAUGCAAUAUGAAAAUGUAAACACAAGGUAGGAACAAAUAUGCAAGAAAUAAAGAAUGAAAAUGACAAAUCUGGA